GCCACGUCGGGGACCCUGGCGGGGCGGAGGGGACCAUGCCGUACGUCCUCAUCAGCACUCAGAUCCGCAUGGAGGUUGGACCCACGAUGGUUGGCGAUGAGCAUUCUGAUCCAAACUUGAUGCUCUAUCUAGGGGCCACUAAAAGAAACAUGCUGGGGAACCAUUUCUGGGAGUACUACGUUCCUGAUGCCCCCCGGAUUGUGUUGGACAAGCUGGAGAAGCGAGGCUACCGCGUGAUCAGCAUGACAGGAGUAGGGCAGACACUGGUGUGGUGUCUCCACAAAGAAAGUACAGAGAACUCUGACAUUCUUCCUGACCAAGACAUUGCUGUCAAUCGCCCAGCAUAGGACUGGUGUCGUUUCUCUGAUUAGUGGGGUUAUAUAUUGUUUUCAAACAUCAUGAAGUAAAAUCUAGUCA